AUGUCGGAUGCCGAAGGCUUUGGUGACUUGUUCGGCGGCGUUGAUGAAGUGCUGGAGCUCCCGCUGCAGACGCUCCUCAUCAGCCGCCAGGUACUCGCUGAGGAAGGGACGACGUGCGAUUACUUCACCCCUCUCCUUGACCGCUUUGACAACAUAACGUCAGCGGCGACAGCGGCGAAGGAUCACACGCGGCUACGCCAGCGCCUCGCACGCCUCGCGCCGCCGCCUCUGGAGGUUCGCUUCCGCGACAAGCGCCACAGCCUGUGGGGGCACACGCUCUGGAACGCGGCCAAGUAUCUCGUAAAGCGCAUGGAUGAGCGUCUGAUCGACGUGCGUGGCAAGUCUGUCAUCGAGCUCGGCGCCGGGCUCGGUGUUCCGGCCCUGGCCGCGUAUAAAAAUGGCGCUCGGCUGUGCGUCGUGACGGACUACCCUGACGCGGAUCUACUCGACAUCCUCGCGCUGAACCUGAAGGCAAACUGUGGCCCCGGCGACAUGGACGCCGACGUGAAGUCUGAAAUGGAAGAGCAGGCUCGGAAGCAGCUCGCCAAGGGUGGCGACUCCGACACUGUCUCGGCUGAUCAGCUCGGCGCCGCCAUGAGCACCCGCUACUACGUGGAGCCCCUUCUCUGGGGUAGUCAGGAACACAUUGAUAAAGUGAUGCAGCACACAACCGGCGGCGCCGGCUACGAUAUUGUCAUCCUGUCCGACAUCCUCUUCAACCACGUGUGCAACGAUGACCUCGCCGACACGCUUGCCACGCUCCUGGCCAAGAAUCCACGCGCGGCCGGCUACUGCGUCUUCUCCCAUCACCGCGCGCACAAGCAGCUGCACGACUUCGAGUUCUUCGACAAGUGUCUGCGCCGCGGACUGCACUACGAGCAGGUGGACGAGCAGGAUUACCCGAUGAUGUUUCCAGAGGACCGCGGGCCGGAGUCGGUGCGGCGGCCGGUGAAGUGCUACAAGAUCACUCGUCGCUACGAUGAUGCCGGCUGCGGCUUGGACACGAGCCUGCGCUUUGAUGUGGUGCUGCAAGGGACAGGGAUAGCGCAGUCAAUAGUGUCGGCGGCGUUGGCGCGAAACGGGGUGAAGGUCCUGCACUGCGAUGGUGCGGAGUACUAUGGCGCCGCCAUGGCCACCUUUGACCACGCUGGAUUUCUUCAGUACCUGAGCCAGCCGUCUUCCCUGGCCGCGUCAUCGUCGACGUCCUCGUCCACUGCGCCAAACGUCUUCAUCAACCGCAUCGUUGACGAGGUGCCAGUGGCGCGCCGCCGCCGCUAUUUAUUUGAUGUGCUUCCGAUGUGCUACAUGGCGCAUGGUCCGCUCCUGCGCCACCUCGUAUCCUCUGGCACAGGCCGAUCACUGGAGUGCCAGCACGUCCACCGCUUUCUCUUCCUGCAGCACGCAACAACAACCGGAGCAACCGGCGCUGGUGCUGCGGUGACGGCGGCGAUGGAGGUGCCGCUGACGCGGGCGAGCGUCUUUCACAGCACCUCCAUCAGCCUCUUUGACAAGCGCCGCAUGAUGCGUUUUGUGAAGGAUGUCGAGGCGUCCGUAGUGGAGCAACUGCAUGCCAAGGCCGCCAACCCGGCUGACGACCCGUCUGUCGUGAACACGUCCAUCGCCGCCGAGGCAGCGGCGGCCAAGGCAGCGGCCAUCUUCACCCGUGAAGCGCAGUCAAAUCCGCAGAUCACCUUGACGGAGCUCCUGCAGAGUAAGUACGACCUCUCCGGCACCGUCCUCGAUGUUGUCUCGCUCAUGGGCAUGAUGAACGUUCUGCCGGCCACGAACAGCACAACUUUGACCUCCGGCCAGGGGGCAGCAGCGGAGCCGCCUCUCGUUCAAUCGGUAGACAUGGUGCGUGAUCUUCUUCUCUCCACUGGUGCCUUUGGCGGCAAAUCUCCCUACCUCGCCACGUCGUAUGGAGCUGCAGAGGUGCCGCAGAACAUGUGCCGCAUCUCCGCCGUCUGGGGCGGCGUCUUUGUGCUGCGCCGCAGCCUCCGUGGCGUCGCCGUGGACGAGGCCAAGGAGACUCAGUACGCCGUGUUAAGCAACGGGCAGUGGGUGCCAGCCAAGGUAAUCGUCACCCCGGCGGAGCUCACUGCCACAAACUACCUGAGCUACGGAGUGAAUGACUGGUACUACGACUUCCUCAAGGAGCAGGAACAGGGCCGGACGCCGCUCAUCCCGCUUUCAGAGGGGCAGAGCAGUGCUCCAGCUCCAGCCAUAGCACCAGAUCAGACGAAAAUGAGCCACAAGGACGCGGCUGACGAGACUGCGAGUGCGUUGGCAUCCCCUGCAAGUGCGGUCCGCUUCAGCCGUGUCGUGCUGGCAACCAAGAGCGCACCACUUUUCUCGCUGGCAGCCAUGCAGGCCGCCGGCGUAAUCGAGGUGGAUGACGCGUGCGACUACACUGCCGCUGCGCCGAUCAUCACAGCCCUCGCGAGGGAGCCACAAACACGAGCAGUGGUGUGGGUCAUCCAGCAGUCGUUUGCGUCCGACCAGGCACCGGCGCGCUUCACCUCCGACGAUGCCGACGGUGGCGCCACGUGUGACCCGUGUAUUCUUCACUUCACGGCCGACGCGAAUCAGCUGUCGCAGGAGCAGCUGCAUGCGUACGUCAUGCGCUACUACACAUCCACCGAGAAGGCGGAAAGGCCGUACUGUGUCCCCCACGAUGACAUUGUUCUGGCGGCUGCCUUCACAGUGGACAGCCAAGAGGUGGCUCAGCACGGCGUGGUGCCGUGCCCGGUGGAGCUGCCGAGUGAGACACGCUGGACGCAUCCGUUCGGUUGGGCGGAGUCCAUGAAGCUGCGGCGUGCCAACGAGAACGACCGCCAGCAUCUCCUGCGCCACCGGAUGACGGAAGAGGAUGCCACGCCAGCGACAACCGCGCCCACGCUGGCGUGCUCGGCUGCGGCGCAGACGGCCGACCUCUGCCGCAGCUCUGAGCACUUUCGCCUCAUCGAAAUACCGACGUUGUUGCCAAACCUCGUCUACGAUGGACAUUACGUGCAGGAGGCUGAGAAGGCCUACAAACGCGUGCUUGAUGCACUUGGUCUGCCGACAGCCGCCACGGCGACGUCCGCAGCGGCAUCGGAAGCCGACGAAGACGCGGCGCAGGCGUACGCCUUCCUGAGGCCGCUCCCACGCUAG